AUGGGUGAGGGGGAGGGAUUCGUCUAUCUGCCAAACGAACGUCUCAUAUAUACCUCUCCACCGCGUACCAGUCUGUCGUUGCAACCACUCAGCUCAUACAAGGGCAAAGAUACCCUUUCUGUCCAAAGCAACGCCGGCUGCAUCUACCUUACCAACCAGCGGAUAGUUUACCUGCCCGCCCAGAAAACCAAGGAUUUCCAGAGUUUCUCUGCUCCACUACUCAACGUGCUGGACUCCCAUGUUUCGGCGCCCUUUUUUGGCCCCAACGUAUGGACGUCGCUCGUGCAACCGGUCUCCGGCGGAGGAAUCCCGAGCUCUUUGCCGGCAGUACAGCUGAAAGUGACCUUCAAGGAAGGCGGGGCCUUUGAUUUCCAUACGAACUUUGAGCGGAUCAAAGAGCGUCUGCAGCAAGCUGUGGAAAACACCCAAGAGGCGCCUCGAGGGCAGAGAUCUGUCGACUUGACGGCCGUUCAUCUCGACGAGCUACCAGCUUACGAUGGUCGGCGUACCUCUCCCGACGAGAUAAGCAGUUUCACGGAGACUCGUCCCGAAAGCCACGGAGCGCCGCCUGUUCCCCCUAUAGAGGCCGAACCGCUGGAGCCGCCUCCGGGCUACGAAGAGGUCCAGCAGCAGAGCAUUGCGGAAUUAGAUGAAUCGAUGCGUCGUUUCAUCAACUCAAUUGAUCGCUCUGCACGGUUCACGAUGGGUUUCUCCGAGCUUUUCUCCGACGUGAUGUCCUCCCUGGGAUUCGCCGAAGUCCAGGCUGAGGCUCCUGCCGAAGACGUCGACACCCCUUCCACCCAGGACGAGCCCGAGGCGGAAGAGAAGUCUGCUGAGGAGAGCACCGAGGAGUCCGCCGAAGAGACCCCCGCCGAGGAGGAGCCUGAGCAAGAAGAGGAGGCCGAAGAGGAGGAGGAAGAGGAAGAGGAAGAGGAAGAGGAGGAGGAGGUUGAGGACAUUAAGCCCAAGCUCGAGGAGGAGUGUGCCAACUCCUCCCAAUGCGCUCCUUACAAGCACCACUACGACGAGUGCGUCGAGCGCGUCACCCAGCAACAGGAGGAUGAGGACUACAAGGGCCCCAAGGAGGACUGCGUCGAGGAGUUCUUCCACCUCGCCCACUGCGCGACUCAAUGCGCUGCCCCCAAGCUCUGGAAGGCUCUUAAAUAA